CUAACAAAGUGGACCAAAGAUUCAAAGGAAUCUCUUUAUUGUCUGACGAUUGACGGCUCUGACCCAGAAAUCAGAAUGGUUCGAUCUUCUCCAUAGUGUUUAGUAGACCUGCCCAGCAGUACUUACAACUUGGCACUUUAACAGCGUCCAACCAAAUUCCAAACUCUUCUCCUCCUCCUCCUCCUCUUCAGUAGAAUCUCAUUCUGUAAGAGAUUCCGUUGGCUGAUUAUCCAAAAAAGAUGCUUCACCUACAUCUUCCCCACCUUUCCAGACCCAGCUCAACCACCCAUCCAAGAUUCAACCAUGCCAGACAUUAUCAUCAUCAUUGCAAACAACUUCCUACACCAUCACCCACCAAACCCGUCUUCACCCCCAGAACCCACAAUCUCAGCCACAUUGCAAGGUGCGCAACUCACAAUGCUCUGUCACUUCCUACCACUUCUGUUACUACUGAUCCUAAAUCCGAUGAUAACCUCACCAAGCAUCAGAAAUCUCAAGAGAUUCAAGAGGGUACUCAUGAAAAGAACUUCUGGGGUGCUGUCAGUUUGAUCAUUGGCACUGCCGUCGGGCCUGGAAUGCUCGCCUUGCCCGCUGCCACCAUUACUUCAGGUCCAUUUCCCUCGACCAUUGUCAUCCUCCUCUCAUGGGUUUACGUUAUCUCCUCAAUCAUUCUUGUUGCUGAGCUCAGCUUUGCAACCAUGGAAGAAGAUGGGGUGGAAGAGGUGAGCUUUACUGGCCUUGUAACAAAGGCUUUAGGAAGUCGUUUCGGUGCUUUUGUUGCCCUCGUCUAUGUAUCCUUGAGUUUUUCAUUAUUAGUGGCUUGUGUUUCGGGCAUCGGGUCACUUGUCUCUCUGUGGUUUCCAUGGAUGAAUCUUGUGAUGGCUCAUGCCUUGUUUCCUCUAAUUGUUGGAACUGUGACUCUUUUCUUUCCGUUUAAGGCCAUUGAUGCUACGAAUCGCUUUUUAUGCUUCAUCAUGAUUUUCUCUCUUACUGCACUUGUGGCUGUUGGUUUAUCUGUGGCCAGAACAAACAUAUUGAGUUCAUUGGCUUAUGCCUCGUGGGGCUUUUCGUCGAUUUUGCCUGCUAUACCUGUUACUGUACUCACAUUGGGGUUUCAUGUUAUCACCCCUUUCAUAUGUAAGAUUGCUGGGAACACCGUGCAUGAUGCUCGCAAAGCAAUACUGGUUGGUGGGGCCGUUCCGUUGCUCAUGGUUUUGUCAUGGAAUUUGAUUGUUUUGGGGCUUGCAGGCCCCAACUGGGCCGCUUCCAUAGCAGACCCUAUAUCCCUUUUGCUCUCUGUCAACCCUUCUGCUUCAUCUGCAAUUCAAGGCUUUGCCUUCUCUGCCCUGGCAACUAGCUUGAUUGGAUAUGCUGUAAGCUUCCCAAAACAGCUUCUUGAUACCUUGCAGUUGCUUUUUGGCAAAUUCGGUUCAGGAAAACAAAUUAGCGCUCAUUCACAAAUGGGUUCUAAUGUGGAUGAAAUUGGGAGAGUUGGCUUUGUUGUUUACUCAGGAAAGCCUAAUCGCGGAAAUCCAGGGAAAGUUUCUUAUAUAGAAUCGAGGCGCGGUGCUGGCUCAGAAGCUAAAUUGAAAUCAAGCGUAGACGGUUCUGAUUCAUUCAAGAUCGCUGUAUUGGUGAUUGUACUGGGUGCUUCAGUUCUCAUAGCAUCUUUCUUCCGCUCCACUUUUUCAAGAGCUCUCGAUUUUGCAGGGGUUUAUGCAAACUGCUUUCUGUUUGGCAUCAUUCCUCCUGCAGUGGCUUACAUAUAUCAAUCUAGAAAAAAAAUCAGGUCAUCUGUCCUGCCGGGGGGAGACGCUGCACUUCUUUUACUCUUCUGCAUUGCUGUCAUCUUGGGGAUUUGGCAUUAGAAGACUAGCGGCCGCCUAGAUUUUAACAGCAGUCAUAGACUUUAUUAUGUAUUCCUCAUGUCUUUCUUUCCUGGGAAGAGUAUGCAUGGACUAUUAUUACUUUUUCAAUUCAUUAAGAAUGAGGAAUUCAAUUUAAAAA